AAAUUUCUCUCCCUUCUCCUCGGCAAGCAUUGCAUCUGUAUUUUACUUCGGUAUUUUCAACGAUUUUGAUAUUUUUAGUUAAUUACAGUUUAUUUUAUAUCCAAUAAAAACUAUUAAUAUCUGUGAAUAAAAACUACGUUUUACUGAUUAAAAUUAUAUUAAUUAAUGAAAAUUAAGAAUUCCUCCCUAGGAUUCUAUUGUUCUACUUGUUUUCUAAUUAUGAGUUUAAUUUAAAAAGUUCUUGCCUACAUAAAAAUGCAUACCAACUUACCAAAAUUUAAAUCAUCCAUUACCUACCUACCAAAUUUAUGUGUAAAUCUGAGGAGUUAAUAGCCUGUACAAGUUUUGUCAUUAAAUUUUGGUGAUAUUAAUCAUGGAAUUAUCAAAUGUUAUGGAACUUGGAGAUGCAGCAUCUGAUAAUUUAUAUCCUGCACUUUUCCAAUGUUUUACAAUAAUAUUGUGUGGAUACAUCGCUGGCCGUCUAAAUAUUGUCUCAUCAACAGAGUCGAAAGGGAUUGCUACUUUUGUUGGCACAUUUGCUUUGCCCUCCCUAAUUUUCUUAUCACUGGCACGUCUUGACUUCACUACUGUUAAUUGGACAUUUCUUCUAGCUAUCCUUUUUGCUAAAGCACUUAUAUUUUUUGCUGUUAUCAUUGUAACUAUAUUUGUAUCAAAACCAAUCAACUUGGGGCGUGCUGGAAUCUUUGCAAUAUUUUGCACACAAAGCAAUGACUUUGCUCUUGGAUACCCAAUAAUCAAUGCAAUUUAUAAGGAGUCUCAUCCAGAAUAUGCCCAAUACCUAUAUUUGAUGGCUCCAAUAUCACUAGCAAUACUGAACCCUAUAGCUUUUGUUUUGAUGGAAAUAAAUAAACAGAGAGAGAAUACUCAGACUGUCACAGAUUCAACCAGAAAGGCAGAAGUUUGCAAGUUAUUAUUCAAACAAAUAAUUAAAGGAAUUGCUUUCAAUCCAGUUUUGGUCAUGACUGUAUUGGGAAUUAUAGGGGAUAUUGUGUUUAAGCACCAGCUUUCUAUAUACAUUGAAGGCCUACUCCAGGUAUUUGGACAAUCUUUCUCUGCUUCUGCUCUCUUUCUACUUGGCUUACGAAUGGUGGGUCAAAUCCAUCGUCUCAGAGGUCCAGCGUUGGUCUUGCCAUGUAUUUUGAUUAUGGUGAAAUUGAUAAUUUUACCAGUAGUCAUGAGGGAGUGUGUAAGUGUCAUGAAUGCAGGAGCCAAUGAAUCUGAGACAGUAUCUUUGUCAACAUACGCAUUUUUGUACGGAACAAUACCUACAGCACCUGCUGUUUUUGUGUUUUCCAACCUCUAUCAACUGGAAAUGGACUUGAUGGCGUCUUCAAUGGUCAUCUGUACUUUCUUAUCUGGACCCCUGAUGUUCCUCUCUGCUCAAGUAAUAUCAAUAAAUAAGGACUAUGCAGAUCAGCUCAAGAGAUUCGGUUUUGAUAUGUCAAUCGUGGUUUUGAUAGCCACUUUGUGGGUUUUGACAGUCUUCACAGUUACCAAAAAGUAUAAGCGUAUGCCUCACAGAUUGACUCUUUGCCUCCUUGUAUCUCAGAUUCUAUUGGCAGUCAGUGUGAUAUGGGGUGGUCCAUUAACCAGCUACACACCCUCCUGGGAAACUACCAUACAGGAGUCGCUCAGGAUAUUCAGCAUGUAUUCGUGCCUGCUAUGGACUUCUAUGCUUUCAGUUGGGUUGCUCAUGUUAGAGACUCGAGGGCCAUGUUUCGUGGUGACCAUAUGGCCUGUCUUGGGUUUCGUGGCAUGGGGCGCCCCAGGCGUAAUGGUUGCGAUAUUAUUGGCCACAAAACACAGCCCAGACCUGGACAGCAAGGCCUCUGACGCGAUACGCCUGUGUCUUCUGGUGUUCUGUUUGACAGUUUCCGUGGGUUGUUUGAUUGUGUACGUGCGAUUCCGCCGGCGCAGUGCGCAGUUCGCAUCUUUGUCUGCCGAGGUGUCGGGUUCGAGUCCGCCGGACGAGUCCACGAGUCUGGUGGAUAACGUUGAACCUAUAUCACACACGCAGUCCCUUUCCAACGGGUGCUAUGGGACCAUAACGGCCACACCAUCGCCCAGUAAAAACGCGAACGCCUGUUGUUCCGACGAUCCCAACUGCGAGAAUGGCUUGAUAGCCUCUCACGAUAUUGAGGAUAUAGCAAACAAGGAUUGCGCUUGCCCCGCGUCGCAGCAACAACGCUGCAAAUCUUCCAGCGAAGCUUGUGCAUAUCUCAACGAAUUAGAACGAGCGGCCAGCCAGCUGGGGCUCCUGCCGCCCGAACAGAGUCGGGGCCGAGGCGGGCAACUUCUCAAGCAUACCGUGCUGCUUAUCGUGAACAGUCUUAGCAUGUUCAUCGGAAUUACAUAUACGACAUGGCGGAUGAUGUUGAAAGACGAAAGCGGCGUGUUUAUAGAGAUUGAAUUUUUGGAUAUCGUUGCUAACUACGGCCAAGGUCUUGUACUAUUCAUCCUGUUUGGGCUGGACCCAGAAGAAAUUUUGAUACCUACAAUCAGAUUCAUCAAGAAAAAAUGGCAUGGAGCUGAUACCGUAAUCCUACCUUCGGUAGAUGACCUUAGUUUUGAAACUAAACAUGUGUGCGAUCAGUUCAUAACUCAUCACUUAGAACGCUGCAGGGAGGCUAUUGCUAAGGAUACAAGGUGGCGUAUGCGCACAUACCGUGGCGUAUUCCGCGGCUCGUGCCUCGUCCGUUGGCUGAUCAGCUGCGGGCUGGCCAAGGACGAGGCGGAAGCCGUAACGUAUGGCCGCCAUUUGCUGGACGGACGUCUCAUAGCGCACGUGAACAACGCCCACCACUUCACUAACUCCCCGCUGUUGUACACCUUCAACUGAACAUGCUAUUUUGUAAAAGUGUGAGUUAAAAGGGUAAUUAUAUAUUUCUUAUCUGUGUUAUCCGAUUUGGGUUAGAUGUUUGGGCUAAGGUCAUGAGGUCCAUCCUGAUCAAUAUCAUUUCAGCAGCCCGGUACUCAACUUCUUUACUAGAUAUAGAGCCUCAAAAAUAGGCUAUUUGACAAAGUUUUUAAAACUAUCUUAGGGUUUUUUUUUGUUAAUAAGAACCCUAAGAAACGUAAUUAAUAAAAAUGAUUAAGACUCUUUUAAGUCACACUGUACAAUCCUUUUUGAUAUUAAUAUUUUGACCAAUGAUACGCGCUUUCUAUUAACGGACCCGUAGAUUAAUAUUAAACUGACUAGUCUAAGUUGAAUUCACAAAUAUUAUUGUUGAUAAGUGUAAAGCUGUUAAAUGUCAUAUUGAUAAGUCAUAAAAAUAAUUUUUGUCGCUUGUGUUGCGAUACGAACUAUCUUGUAAUCGUUAUAGCAAACAUAUAAAUAUAUAAAAUUGGAUCAACAUAUUGUAUAAGAGUUUUAAUAGGUUUUAUCAAAACUAGGUAUUUCUAUAUUUACCUAAUAUCCCUACCACAUGGUACUUAGAAAAAGUAUUUAAAAAAUAUGAUACAAUUCUCGGUUUAUUCAAUCUUGUAGUAAAUAAGCAAAGUUCAUAACAUUCUUUCCGUAAAUUGAUUAAUGUGGCAUGAAUAGACUGAUAUGGAGUAUGGUAAUGAAUUUGGUAUAAGCAAGUCAUAGCUAUCCAUGACUUUAAAUUAUAUAUCUUUAUUAAAUUAUUCUUAAAAAUGCAGGUAUUAAAUUGUACACCAAUGUUACAUUGUGAUAAGUAAUGAAGUCAUGUUUAUUUUGAUACUUAUCAUUGUGAUUCAUACAAAUUCCAUUAAAAAUAUUUUUUUAAUGUAUAAUUUGUACUGAUCUACACCUAGUUAAUUUUCAGUUUUAAUUUUCUGUGGUUUUUCUGUUUAUUAACAUAAUUAUGAUCAUGUAAACCCUGUUUGAUACGCGCGUGUUUCACCGCCGCUAUGAUAAAUUAUUCGCUGUCACUGGGCCAACGCAUGGGGUUCACUACGGGCGCUUUCGACUUAUGCGUUUCGUGUCAGACCGCUACGGUGCCAAAGCGAUGCGUUAGACGUACAGCGCACGGACGAUCGAUCCUCUUUUUUCAACAAAACGGUCAGUGCGGCUACAGUGCGGCACCGGUACCGCGAACGCUCAACAACAGGACGACAUCGGUGCUGCUCUUUUACGGGGGAGUCGUUUUUUCUUAUCUUUGAUGAUUUUCAACAAGAGCGCUAACAGUAAUGUUUCUUCAUCAAAGUUCAUGGCUAGACUGAUGUCAAAUCACUAGGAUAAAAACGCUAAUAAUAUAUAACCAGCGGCACGUUAAGUGUGCGGCAGCGGUCCGACAAGAAACGAAUAAAUUGAAAGCGCCUACUUCACUAUCCUUGGCUGAAUUUUAUUAUAUUUGUUAGUAAUAAAACCUAACAUAGUCUGGAUUGAGUCAUCGAAUUAUUAGAAUUUGAAAUAAGUAGUUUUGUUAAUUACUAUUCCUAUAUACAGGAAGAUUAAUGUUACAUUAUAAACAUAUGAAUACACAUAUAUUUAUAUAUAUGUAAUUGAGUAAGGUAUAAUCAAAAUUCUUUGGUGCUUGUUUUAUUGAUACAAAGCUUUUGGUGCUGAAUGUCUUACAUUUUCAUACUGGAGUCAUUUUAUUAUAAGUUGCAUGUGAUGCAUUUUGUUAUGUAGAUAUGUAAGAUACUUUUUUUUUCAAUGUUAGGUACUUGGUACUUAAAUAUCCUUACUCAGAUAGUAAAACUUUGUCCAAUUGUAUAACAUGUACCUACGCGUUAAAUACAUAUGUAUGUAUAUUAAUAAGUAAAAACUGUAACAGAAGACGCAAGUUUUGAAAUAGGUAUGAAAAAGGUAUUUUCUUUGUUUUCAGUUUAACAUUAAAAGUGAAUUCUGUGCUGAUUUUACUCAUGUUUCAACGAUGGUCAUUUAAAGCUCUAUUUAAAAAGGCAAUGUAGCUUAACAGUUACAGUUGACAGUACGAACACCAAAUUUAACAGAGUUUGCUUUAAGUCAUAAACUAAUCAAGAGCUGUAGGUAUAUUUCUAAUUAAUGAUCUCAUACCAUAGGUACCAGUAAGACCAAUGUCAAAAUAAUGAGAACUGCUUCAGUGGUGUUAAAAUA